CUGUAUUGCAUUUAUUUACUAAAAUGUAGUACUCAAUUCAACGUAAAAACAUGAUUUAUUUCGCACAUGAAGUUGUUGUUUUUGUGUAUCGCAAAUAAUUAUAUUCAGUAUAAGUAUGCAUUAGUAGGCGUUACUUUAAUAUUGCUCAGUUAUUCCCCGUUCGACCGCAGCAUCGUUCGGACCAUUUCCAAAAUGGGCACGGAACAGAAGGUCCACAACGUCCCAGUUUCCCUCAUCGGGGAGAUUAACAGCACCAACCAUGAUGCCUUAGUAGUGGUCACCGUGCCCGGGACACCUCCACCACAAGCCUUGGAGGACUUCAUAGCGGCGGCGGUACAGACCGACAAGGGUCUAGAGAAGAAACCGGGCGUGCUGCACUGCGCUCGUGUGUCCGGCAACCGACUUGUUCUCUCGCCCACUGGACCCCUCACACCGUACGAUGAUGUCAGGUCUGUCUACGAGGCAGCUUUAGCAGGCGUGCGUCGCGCGGCUGAAGCCGGUGCGCACCGGCCCGUGGUGGCCCUGCCGGCGGCCCCCGCCUGGCCUAGGGCUCCACUUGUGGCCUUGCUCGGAGCCCUGGAGGUGCUCUAUGUGCCCAUCCAAAUCCGAGAGACGUUCCCGUCGCAGGCGCACUCGAUCAAGUCGCUCGGUGUGUACGGCGAGGGUGUUGCCAACAUUAACAACGUAAUACGUGAUGCCUGCGCUUUAGAGGCUGCCAGAGGCGUGUCUCGCGACAUCGGCGGAGCGGACCCCGAGCGCAUGACGCCGCUCCGCGUCGCCGAAUACAUUCGCGGCGCGUUCGGCCCGAGCGUGCGCGUGCGCGUCGAAGACGAUCCCAACAAGCUGGCCAAGAACUACCCGCUGUUUGAGGCAGUCAAUAGGGCUGCGAACCAAGUUCCAAGGCACAAAGGCUGUGUAAUCUUCUUGGACUACGAACCGGAGAGCUACGAGGAGACGGUGAUGUUGGUCGGCAAGGGCGUGACGUACGACACCGGCGGCUGCGACAUCAAGGCGGGAGGUGUGAUGGCCGGCAUGUCGCGCGACAAGUGUGGCGCUGCCGCCGUCGCAGGCUUCCUCAAGGCUUGCGAGCUCCUGAAGCCCAACCUUCGCGUGUCAGCAGCGCUCUGCAUGGUCCGCAACUCCGUCGGCUCCGAGGCGUACGUGGCCGACGAGCUGAUCAAGUGUCGGCGCGGACUCGCCGUGCGGGUCGGGAACACGGACGCCGAGGGAAGGAUGGUCAUGGCGGACGUGUUGGAUGAGAUGCGCGAACGAGCGGAGUCAGCGCGCAACCCGCACGUGUACACCGUGGCCACGCUCACCGGGCACGCCGUGCGCGCCGUGGGGCCCGCCUACACUAUCGUGAUGGACAACCAUGCUGCAAGGGCUAAAGGCCACGCGGAAGCUUUCCGAGCCUCUGGCGAGACCAUCGCCGACAUGGUGGAGGUGUCCACUAUCAGGCGCGAGGACCUGGCCUUCCACCGCGGACUCUGCCCGGGGGAUCACGUCCACCAGGCCAACAACCAGCCCUCCACACAGACCAACCGUGGCCACCAGGGUCCGGCCGGCUUCCUGCUGCUGGUGUCGGGGCUGGCGGCGGGCGGGGUGCCGUACUCGCACGUGGACGUGGCGGGCGCGGCGGGCUCCCUCCCCCUCCCCCCCACCGCCGCGCCGCUGCUCGCGCUCGCCGCGCACUACAAGCUGCUCGGCUGCUGA